AUGACAUUGACACUGUCCCUGUGGUCCUCCCUCACCUCAUAUCUCACGAUCAUCUCGUCGUGGGCAGCUUUGGAGGCUCGCAUCUGGGGCUCGGCCGCAGGAUUCCUGUUCUUACUCUGGGUCUCGUACAGCAUCAUCUACGCUUUCUGGCUUUCUCCGCUGCGCCAUUUCCCCGGUCCGAAGCUAUGGGCUAUCUCGCGCAUCCCCUUGAACGUCUCCGUUCUGCGUGGCUAUAAUCAUCUGGAUAUCUUGGCUCUGCAUGACCGGUAUGGCCCGGCUAUUCGAAUUUCCCCGGAUGAGCUUGCUUUCAAUACGCCCCAGAGUUUCCGUGAUAUCUAUGGCAACAGACCCGGUGGUUGUUUUCAGAAAGAUCGGAGUCAUUACAUUAAGCCUGCAAAUGGUGUUGACCAUCUAGUAUGUGCCGUCGACAAUUCAACCCACGCACGACAGAGACGGUUGCUGGCUCAUGCCUUUUCCGAGAAAGCGCUGAGAGAGCAGGAGGGUUUAAUCAGAGGCUAUGUCGAUACGCUGAUCAACAAACUGCGGUUGCGUGUCGAGCAUGGGGAUUCGCUUGUUGAUAUCAAGAGCUGGAUGAACUUUACCACUUUUGACAUUACUGGUGAUCUGAUGUUCGGUGAGUCUUUCGACUGCCUGAAGAAUAGCCAGCUUCACCCUUGGAUCCGGUUGAUUUUCGAUUCUAUGAAAGUUAUUGCUUUUCAUGGAGUUGCCAACCAGUUUCCUUUGAUUAAGGGGGCCUUAAGUCUGUUGGUUCCUGCUGAGGCCAAGCGGAAAGGCCAGGAGCACUUUGAUAUGACUGCCCAGAAGGUUGACCGCCGUUUGGAAACUAAUAUGGCUCGUCCGGAUUUCAUGUCGGCCAUUCUUCAGAAUGGACUUAGCGAGGAUAUGGGCCAGUAUCGUGAGAGCAAGCGGAUAAUGACUAGAGCUGAGAUUCAUUCGAAUGGGUUUAUUCUAAUUGUGGCAGGCAGCGAGACCUCUGCAACUCUGUUGUCUGGUUGCAUCUUCUUCCUGUGUACCUACCCACACAUCAUGAGCCAGCUCGUUUCUGAAAUCCGGAACGUCUUCAAGAAAGAAAGUGACAUUACUUUCCGCGGCAUGAUCGGCCUAACCUACCUGGCAGCUGUCAUCGAGGAGUCCCUGCGCAUGUAUCCGCCUUUCGUGACCAGCCUAGCACGGGUUGUCCCACAGGGCGGAGCAGUCAUCAACGGCCAAUUCGUGGCAGAGGGGACAAUCGUAUCCUGCCAUCACUACGCCUCAUACCACUCGGGAUCAAACUUCGCAUUGCCAAAUCGAUUCAUGCCAGAGCGGUGGCUAGGAACCGACCCAGUCUUCGGAAAUGACCAGAAAGACGUCCUACAGCCGUUCAGCCUCGGACCCCGGGUAUGCCUUGGAAGAAACCUCGCCUACUGCGAAAUCCGCCUGAUUCUCUGCAAACUACUGUUCGACUUCGACAUCGCUCUCUCGCCUGAAAGUACCAACUGGCCCGAUCAGAAAGUCUACUUUCUCUGGGAAAAGCCUCCUCUCAUGGUCAAGUUGACGGAUAGAUUCCCCGAUGCGGAAAUGCCGCCACAGGAGCCUUUGACUAUGUCCUCAAAGUAA